GCCUCCUAGCGCUGAUGCAGUGGUUCUGCGCUGCGGUAUGUCCGCUAUAUAAAGUGCGCAGAGCGGCCAGAGCUCGCAGCCUCAGUGGACAGCUCCGUGGUGCUGACGCCCCACACACUCACCGAAUCACUUCAGCCGCGCCACAAGCUCAGCGCCAUGGACGCGUCGUCGUGGAAACUUUUUCUACUUUCUUUCCUGAUGCUUAUGGAGAGCUCCGCGCAAGACUUCGGACAGACGCAGUUUAUUUGCACGUCGGUGCCCAAGGAUAUGGACUUGUGCACGGCCACGAUGCAAAACAGCGGUCCGGCGGAGGACCUGAAGACCACGGUCAUGCAGCUGCGGGAGACGGUUCUGCAGCAAAAGGAGACCAUCAUGAACCAGAAGGAAACUAUCAGGGAACUGACGUCCAAGUUGAGCCGCUGCGAGAGCCAGAGCUUCCCGGCGGCGGCGGGACCCGGCGGCAGGCGGCCGGGCUCGACCAACACCAUGGGGGACGUGUCCCGGGGCACCACGGACACUCUGGCCCAGUUGGGGCAGACUUUACAGACGCUCAAACAGAGACUGGAGAAUCUGGAGCAGUACAGUCGGGGAAACAACAGCGUGCAAGCGAACAGCCUGAAAGAUCUACUGCAAAACAAGAUAGACGACAUGGAGAAGCAGGUUCUGUCCCGGGUCAACACGCUGGAGGAAACCAAGCCGGCCUCCAGGAACGACAGCGACCAGCGGAACAACGUGGAGUCCAAGCUCACGUCCCUGCACCACCGGCUCACGGACCUGGAGAAAGGCAAAGAUACCAGACCCACAGAGAAGUUCCAGCUCACGUUCCCCCUCAGAACCAACUACAUGUAUGCCAAAGCGAAGAGGAGCCUCCCCGAGAUGUACUCCUUCAGCGUGUGUCUGUGGAUCAAGUCCAACGCCUCGCCCGGCGUGGGGACGCCCUUCUCCUAUGCCGUCCCGGGUCAGACCAACGAGCUGGUCCUGAUCGAGUGGGGCAACAACCCCAUGGAGAUACUCAUCAACGACAAGGUGGCGAAGCUGCCGUUCCUCAUCAACGACGGGAAGUGGCACCACCUCUGCAUCACGUGGACCACGCGGGACGGGAUGUGGGAGGCCUUCCAGGACGGCGUGAUGCGAGGCAGCGGGGAGAACCUGGCGCCCUACCACCCCAUCAAACCCGAGGGGGUGCUGGUCCUUGGACAGGAGCAGGACACCCUGGGUGGAGGCUUCGACGCCACGCAGGCCUUCGUGGGUGAACUGGCCAACUUGAACAUCUGGAACCGGAAGCUCUCCACCGCAGAAAUCUACAACCUGGCAACCUGCAACAGCAAAGCGCCGGCUGGCAACGUGUUCUCCUGGACGGAGAGCAACGUGGAGAUAUUUGGUGGCGCCACCAAAUGGACCUUCGAGCCCUGUCGUUCACACAACUGAACUGACCCCCCCCUCCCCCCUCCCCCAUUUGAAAAGGCCUCUCUGUGUUUCUGAGCUUUCGUCGUUCUCGUCUUCAUUUGGCAUUCGUUAGAGACCUUUGGAGUCGCUGGUAAGCUUAAAUCUGGGAUUUCUAUCAUUCUUAGGUAUUUAUGUGCGAAACAACACUUUUCAACUCAAGGAAAAAAAAAAUUGUCUUUGGAAACCUCAGUGAGAAAAUCUGGGUAUUUGUUGCUCCUCUUUCGUUGGAUGUUGCGUUAAAAGCGAACCGAGCUUUAUGUUCUGGCUUCUUCCCUCUUGGACCGGCAGCUGGCGCCUGCGCCUCCCGUUGGACCACUGGCGAUCCGAGCGAGGAAUUAACCGCCCUUCUCUCUGGAGAGCUGUCCGUCCAAUUCUCAUCAGUGUUUGGCGCUGUGAAGUGAUGUCUGAGUGCGGCACAGCUACCUGCACCCACCCCCCCCCUCCGGAACUUGCACUGUGACUGACGAAGAGAAUGCCAGGAGAGGAGGACACGCCGAAGGACGCUGCAAAGUCAGACUGUACAAGUCAACCUGUUGAUCGUUGUUCGCUUCAAGUGUUCCUGUGAGAAUGUCGUUAACUUGCCAACAUUGCUACGAAGCCUGGGUGCCUUGGGCUGGUACGAAUAUUCAGCACAUUCAGUAGGUUUUCAGUUGCAAACUCAGUGUUUAUCGGUUUGUGUUCCUUUGGAGCCGGGUGGAGUUUCAUGUUCCUCCGGUAAAUGUAAUUUAAUUACGGUUUGUUAUCUGACAUGACGUGUUUUGGCAGGUGUUUGUACUACUCUGUAUUAGGAAUGUUACAGUAUCUGUAUAGUAACAGCAUGAAUGACAGAGUGCUGUGGAAGCAUUGUUGAAAUCUGCUUUACUAUCUCCUCCGGGUCUGGGUUUUUUACUGUAUUGUUAUAUGCUCCAAGCAUGGCAAACCUAAAAGAUGAAGAAUUUAAUUUUUGUAAUAAAAUUGUGAUACUUAACGUC